AUGGCAGAGAAAGGCAAAGUGGUUUCAUCCGAGAAGGUCCAAGGCGCACAAGACCUGACCCCGGGCUCAGACUCGGACGCUCCUGUUGUCGCUGUCCUACAAGAGACACCUAAGAGGAGCUGGAAGUCGUACAUAUGGGAUACCUUUGACAAAUCACCGGAGGAGCGCAGGUUCUUAUUCAAGCUUGAUGCUGCUCUUAUGACGUUGGCGUCGUUGGGGUACUUUAUUAAGUACUUAGAUCAGGUGAACAUCAACAAUGCGUUCGUGUCUGGGAUGAAAGAAGACAUGAAUCUGUUCGGAAAUGAGUUGAACUAUAUGCAAACUUGCUGGACUGUUGGAUAUGUCAUCGGCGAAAUCCCAAGUAACAUGUUAUUGACGCGCAUCCGACCGAGUAUCUGGAUCCCCGCCUGCGAAGUAACUUGGUCCGUCCUCACAAUCCUUCUCACGAAAUGCACAAACGCCACUCAACUCUACGUCCUUCGUUUCUUCAUUGGUCUUGCAGAGAGUACAUUCUACCCUGGAAUGCAAUACAUCGUCGGCUCAUGGUAUCGUAAAGACGAACUUGCCAAACGAUCAUGCUUGUUCCACGCCAUGGGAAAUGUUGGAUCCAUGGUCUCAGGCUAUCUUAUGGCUGGGUCUCAUAACCUCGAUGGCGUGCAUGGAUAUCACGGAUGGCAGUGGUUAUUCAUCACCAACACAGUUGUUUCUCUCCCCAUCGCCAUAGCAGGUUUCUUCUUCCUACCAGAUCUUCCCGAGAUUACCAGGGCUUGGUACUUCACACCAGAGGAUAUCGCCUUAGCAAAGAAACGUAUGGAACUUGAAGGUCGAGCUCAACGAUCACCUUACACGAAAGCAAAGUUCAAAAAGAUCUUCACGAGCUGGCAUAUCUACACCUUGGUUCUUCUCUACAUUCUCUUCAACAACGGCAACGGCGGAAACUCACAACCCGCAUUUCCCCUCUGGCUCAAGUCAGAAGGCUACUCCAUCCGCGACGUGAAUCUCUACCCUACCAUCGUCGAAGUAAUCAGCGUCAUAACAACACUAAUCUACGCCUGGACAUCAGACAGUCUCUUCCGCGGCGCACGCUGGCCCGCCAUCGUAUUCUCCGGCUUGGUAAAAAUAAUAGCCUACGUCGGACUAACGGUUUGGAAAGUUCCUACGCCGUUUACGUGGGUAUGUUUCAUGCUCUGCGGCUUUGGGGGCGGGAUAAGUGGACUUACGUUUGCAUGGGCACAUGAGAUUUGUAGUGAUGAUAAUGAGGAACGGGCAUUGGUUACGGGGGCGAUGAAUCAGAUGGCGUAUGUGUUUCAGGCGUGGUUGCCGUUGAUUAUAUGGCAGCAGGUUGAGGCGCCGGUUUAUCCGAGGGGGUAUCCUACUAUGGUUGGGAUGGCGGUGGGGUUGAUUGGGAUUGCGUUUACGAUUAGGGCUUUGCAUAAGAGGCAGAUUAUAGGGCACAGGCAUGCGCUGGUGGGUGAGGCGUAA